UACAAGCAAUAACAGAAAAAUAUUUUUAAAAAAUUCAACAAAUCUCAUCUGACAAAACAAAUUUCUGGCAGAACCAUUGUUAGAACAUUUCAAUUUGCUGAAAGCACUUCAAUUGCGGAAAAACUGAUUUAAUUUUCACAGAAAAAAUUGAUAAAUAAAAAAAUCGAAUAAAUAAAAAAUGACAAAAUUUCCAUUAGACAAACCCACACAAUGAUAUUUUUGAAUUUCCAAUAACACACGAAACAUUUGAAAAAUUGAAUUUUAUCUACUUGUCAUUUUAUUGUCCACGUAAAUUUGUGUCGGUGUGAUUCAUUUCGAGGAAUAAACAAGCGAAAUACAGUCAUACAUUUUUUUUUCAUAGUGUGACAAAUCGCGCUGUUUCCUGUCGAUUUAAUAAAAAAUAUAUUUUUAAAUAACUCCGUGCAAAAAAAUAAAAAAAAUUAAAGUUUGAGUGAUGUUAAGAGGAUUUUUUAGCCUGAUUGAUAGACAGAAGAAAAAAGCUUUUAAAAAAAUUCUUCAAGUGUUUCAAGGAAAUUUUUAAUGAAAAACAAAAUAUCUUAAAGCACUUUCAAACAAAAGUUUUCGACGAUAAAAUUUGGGCUAAUUAACGAAGCAAAAAUAAUGUCAAAAUAUAUUCAAUUAGACGACAUAACCUACAAACACAAAAACAGCAAAUUUCUCGUCAAGUGUCUCUUGCUGUCGAUUUCAUUGCUUGUCUUUGUGUAUUUGCUGAUAAAUUCCAUAAAUUAUCACAAAAAAUACAGCGAAAGCAACAACGAGAACGGUAAUGAAUUGAAGUAUGAACUAGCGCGCCAGCUGCGACUACGAGCACUAUUGGAGCAACGUUAUCGCGCGAAAUGGAAUUACAAAACCGUUCAUAUGUACAAAAUUGAGUUGGGAUUGGAAAUGGAUGCGGAAACAGUAAAGCCCGUUAUUAAUGAAACGCAAAUAACAAAGUCGGUUAACACAACGACUGUCACGAACCACACAACAAACCAAUGGCACGAUCCGACAAUCGCAAUUCCGCAACACCUGUCGCUGGCAUGUGCGUUUCCCGGAAACUCAUUACACGACCAAAUGUGGGAAUAUCUCUCAAUGUUUGCCUUACAGCAGCAAUUUCCAGAAAACAUAUUCGCCACACUUUCGGUCAAGACGCACAAUCGUCUCGUGACUUUGUUGCAAACGAUAAACAUGACGGCAAUAAAUAAAGUCGCGUCGCAUUACGAUCUGGCAAAUGCGAGAAUAAUGGGACAUACGACUCCGGUGCUGCCUGAAAUUGAAGUCGUCGAAGGCAAACGAGUCCCGUUGCUGCUGGAGAAAUUUGCGAAACGACAUGGCGAGAUAAUAAAUGCAAAUGUGACAAAUUUCCGGCAAUUUUUCCAGUUUGGCAGGCGAUUUGUUGCGAAAGGAAUGAGGGAAUUGCAUCGGAUAAAGUUGCGCUACGGCUUUAAUGAGACAGAUGACGACCUUCAGUAUGUUGGCGUGUAUAUCGAUAAGGACACGACGAUGCCUUUGAAAUACUUUGCAAAUGCCUUUUCGCAUUUCCUCGAACACAAUUCCCGGACACUUUUUCUCGUGUUUUGUUCACCGGAUGCCAUGUCGCAUUACAAUGAAGACUCGACAUUUCACUUGCCAGCCAUUUUGCAACCGUUUCAAAGCAACACUUAUCUAACGACAACGACAACAACGAAAGGUGUCGAUGCAGAAAUAAUGGAAUUUAUUCUCAUGUCAUUGUGCAACGCAACGAUUGUAUCUAACACUUACGGAGCAUUGCAGGCACUUUUGAACGGUGGUAAUGCAACCUUUGGAAGACCCGAUUACAGCAGCUCGACACGUGAAUAUUUCAUUCCCUACAUAAUGGGACAAAAAAUUGCCAAUUGGGUAGAAAUUACAUAAAUAAUUUAUUUAUUUUUUGUCAAUAAGCUUCUUCAAAUGAGACUAAAUGGAAAUUAAAUGUUAAUCUAAAAUAUAAUAAAAAGAAGACUUUCAAGGAGGAAAUGUGUUACUAAGCAAAAAAUAAACAGAAGAAGAUUUAAAAUAGGUGAGAUUCUGAUAAAUUCACAAGAAGGAAGGAAAACUUUUGACUUUUAUUUAAAUUUUAUGCUUAAAACUACCUUCUACGAUAACAUUUAGU